AUGGCACCACCGAAACUGAACAAAGACGGCACGGAGCGGAAAACGAAAGCAUCGAAACAACAACCAACAGGAGGAACAUCAGGAGGACCGACGAAAGCGCAAUUGGAAGCGCAAAGAAACGCGAUGCGAGAAACUUUGAAACAGUUGAAAGAGAAAAGAGACGCGGAGGACGACGAAGCUUUUGAAAUUGGAAGCGUGUACGACCUCGCGUUAGGGUUGGAACUGUGGCUCACGGAUAAUUCAAAGGUAUUUCCGGAAAAACCGUUGAAGCAAAAGCUCGAUCGCAUGCUCCACAUUCAAAAGCAAUGCGUCGAGAACGUCAACUCGGACAAGGUGGACGUGGAGUCUCUCUUUUGGGAGCUCGCUUCCUUGUACGUCAUCGUGAAUCGCGAAGCGGCGAGACCGGAGUUGAACAUUCAACGACCUCGGUUUACGAUGAUUGCGCCGAAAGAAAACUACAGAGAUGAUCCUACUUUAGAUAAGAAAGAAAACGAAACGAGGAAAAGAGCGACGUAUUUACCCGCGGUUGCCGAAGACGACGAGGUGAGCAAAGAGGAGGUACAACGGCUGUUGGAGGAAGUGGAGAGAGAAGUCGAGAAGAAGAUCAACGAGAUGAUGGACGGAGGAGGUGGAGAGGAUGGCGGAGACGGUGAUGGUGGUAGUAAAGGAGGAACUGAAAUGGAAACCGAAACUACGCCGGGAGCGGCGAAAGCGGAAGACAAAGAAGAAGACCAAGAAGAAAAACAACCGGAAGUAGAAGACGAACGCGAAAAAGCGGCGGAGGAAAAGGCGAAAGGGGAAGAAGAAGAACAAAAAGGAGGAGACGAUGAUCGGGAGAUGACCGACGCUCCUCCUCCUCCUCCUUAG